CACUAAGUUGGCAUCUCUCAUUUUAUCUUCUUAUUAUUGAUUACAAUCCCUCUUAUUAUUUUAGCAAAUGGAUAUCUAUUUUGAUAGAACUGGAGCACCUUGGUCCCAUAAGCAUCAUCUGUAAUUUUUUUACCUGUAGAUAUGUCUAUUGCCCAUCAAUUACUAGAGAGGUGGUCGGAUGACUAAUCCCUUUGCAAUCUAGGUCACACCAAAGGAGAUCCCGGCCCCUAAAAACUCAGGCUUGCCUCUUAAUGCUUAUUUGCUUCAUAAUCUUGCUCAUGUGGAGCUAAAUGCAAUUGAUUUGGCAUGGGACACUGUUGUUCGGUUUUCACCCUUCUGUGAUAUUCUUGGGGAAGACUUCUUUGCUGACUUUGCACAAGUUGCUGAUGAUGAGAGCCGCCAUUUUGGGUGGUGUUCACAGAGGCUUGCUGAGCUUGGUUUCAGUUAUGGAGAUAUGCUUGCUCAUAACUUGCUCUGGAGAGAGUGUGAGAAAUCAUCGGACAAUGUUGCUGCACGUUUAGCUGUCAUCCCAUUAGUACAGGUUUCAAUGAAGAUUGUAGAUGAGAGUGUUUGUUUGGAUGGGGCAAUUGCUUUGAGCCUGGGACAUUCGGUUGAUUGGCUGUAUACCCAGUUUUUUCACAUAAAUUCUUUACCUCUUGUUCUUUUUCAAAGGUGAAUAGCUUUAGACACCUGGACUUGGGGGGCUGGGGACAUGGUUAUUGUAUUCAUGUCCUUUCAUGUAAAAACAUUUUAGUUUCUAACUACUUCAUCUCUCUUUUUAUAAACUUUUAAAAUCAUG